GGAAGCUCUUUGAAAUAUUUAAAUAUACAUUUGAACAAUUUUACUACUAGGCCUAAACAAAUAUAUUCAAAUUAUUUAGUGGAAAAAUGCAAUUCGGAAUUUCUGCGGAAAGUUUUAUUGAAAAACAAUUUGUUGUACACUGAAGGAUCAUGGAUAAAUAACACGUGGAUACCAAGCAAUUGUGAGUUCUCAUUUGGCAAUUCAUAUCUUCCAAAAUGUCUUCCAGAUUUAAAAAUUAGAAAAAUGUUGAUAUUAGGAGACUCUAAUGGGCGACGAUGGGGAUAUGCGGCAUUGAAGUUACUCCAAAGGGAAUACAAAUGUAAAGUAGUGAAAAAGGAAAUUGAUGGGACUAGUGAUCCAACAGAAGAAUAUUUUAAAGAGGUGAAAGAUGCAAAAUUCCAUAAAAGGGAUUGUUUAACAUGUACUUCAUUUC